AUGGAGAGGAGUUCGUCAUCCUACACCUCCGAGACCCGAAGUCGCAUGUUGUGCCUCUAUAACGUAGAGGCUCCACUGGUGACAUCGUGGACCGAGGAUAAUCCAGGGAGGCGCUUCUAUGGAUGUGGUCUAUACAAGGUUACAGGUAGGAAAUGGUGUAAUUAUUUUGAGUGGCACGAUCCAGUUGCCAACAUUCGCCAGAAGAAAAUCAUGGUGACAUUGAUGAAGAAAGUUGAUGAAUUGGAGUCGAGGGAGAAGGAUUUGCAAAGCAGGAUCAGGGACACGAAGAGGAAGGAAAUUUUUUUAGGGAUUCUUUUGGUUGUGUGUUGGGUAGUGUUCAGGUUGUAUAUUCCUGAAUGUACAAUUGUGGAAUAUGCCUAA